UCACGGUCACGGGGGUUCUGCUUUCGUUUAAAACUGCAGUGGAGGCGUGUUGUUUUCCUGCCUGUGAGAACUUUGUCCAGCAGCCGGCUCCGUGUCCUGUCUUGACUUCACUUCUCCGGACAGACGCCACAGGCUGCGCUGGGCGAGAGAAGCAGGUGACACCUGUGCAGGUACCCGGUCGACUGUGCGCAUGCGCAGAACCACAAAGUAGUAUUUCUCGGCAGGAGGAUUGGCAGAACACCGGGUCGUGAGCAGGCGCUGUGACUGAUGGAGUCCGGGUCGGUGUCCAGGGGUGUCCGGGCCUUGUUCUUCAUGCUCACACCGAAUGAAUCAUCUUUUGCAAAGGUGGAAGAAGUUCCGGAGUAUGUUGAGCAGGCCACUCCGUUCUUCGUGGGACUGAUGGUCCUGGAGCUGGUGGUGGGCGUGCUGAAGACGGGACGGCCCGCGGUCUCUAUCAGCGAUGGACUCACCUCCGUAUCUGCUGGAAUGGUCUCCAGACUCCCACAGCUGCUGAUGAGAGGCUGUGAGCUGACGGCUUACGUUUACGUAUGGGACCACUUCCACCUGCUGGAGCUGCCCUGGGACUCGGCCUGGACCUGGUGGUUCACCUUCUUAGGAGUGGAUUUCUGCUACUACUGGGUGCACCGCUUUGCUCACGAGGUGGCCUUCCUUUGGGCUUCUCACCAGGUUCACCACAGUUCAGAGUACUACAACCUGACCACCGCCCUCAGACAGUCCCUCACCCAGCAGUUUACAUCAUGGAUUUUCUACCUGCCGAUGGCUCUGGCUGUUCCUCCAUCCGUCUUUGCUGUCCACAUUCAGUUAAAUCUGCUCUACCAGUUCUGGAUCCACACAGAGUUGAUUAGAGACCUGGGACCUCUGGAGUGGGUCAUCAACACCCCCAAACACCACAGAGUCCAUCACGGGAGGAACCUUUACUGCAUUGACAAGAACUUUGGGGGAAUUCUGAUCGUCUGGGACCGAUUAUUCGGUACCUUUGCUCCAGAGACCGAUAAAGUGAUAUAUGGCCUGGUGUUCCCCAUCGAGACGUUUGAAACCCUUCACAUCCAGUUUCACUACUAUAUAUAUUUGUGGAUGAAGUCCAACACUUACAAAACUCUGAGGGACAAACUGUCAACGUUCAUCAAGGGCCCGAGCUGGAUGCCGGGGAAACCUCGUCUGGGCGACCACCUCGAGAUCCCCAAGGUUACCGGGGAGGAAGUGCCGCACGAUCCCAGCUGCUCGCUGCCUUUGCAAGUUUAUGUGACCGUGCAUUUUCUGCUGGUGCUGUGGACUUACCACGAGCUGUUUGAAAACAAAAUGAUGCUGUCUCAACUAACAAUUCUGGGAAUGAUCGGCUACGUCCUGCUCACUCUCACCUCACUGGGCUUUCUCAUCGACCAAAGGCCGACGUCGGCCCUCUUGGAGAUGCUCCGCUGUGCCGUCAUGGUGAUAAUGCAGCGGUACAACCACAUAACGCCUCCCAUGCCUUCACUCACUGUUCCCACAGAGGCCUUUGUCUCCCUCUCGCUGCUGUUCUGGGCCCUGCAGAGCGUCUCGCAGCUGCGCGCCGUCAAGAAGAGGGCCGACUGAGUGGACGCCGAGGCGGCGCAGCGACACGGGUGGAACCCAGUAAAAAACCUUGGAGUCAUCUCUGAUUGAACAACUCCGCAGCAGCAUGUUUUCAAUCACUUUCAAACACUUGCGUGUAUCUGUGAGGAGGGAAAAAAGCUCAAAUGAUUCAGCUUCUGCUUCUUUUAUGGUACGACUGCUUAAAAAGCGGUUGAAACCAAAGCUUUCUCAUGUGAACGUGGCUUUAAUCCACGCAGGACAGCAUCACUGGUUUUAUGAAAUGAUCAGUUUGGUCACAUUGUUGUUUUCUCUUCUGUGCUUUUUGCUGUAAAUGUCACUGCUGCUACUGGCGUUUCCCAUGAAGCACUUUUCACUCACGAUGUUUAUAAAGUCCCAUAAACCGCAACACGACCACAUACCUCUUCUAACACGGGUGCCGUUCGUGCCGACGGGGGUCGAUUUCACUUCUGAUUUGCAACGUUGCACAACACCGUACAGUCUGUGGUUUUUCCACUUGCAAUAAAGCAUUUACAUUUUUUUUUUUUCUUCACCUAUGCAUUUGCGUAAUCCCCCCGAACUGCAGGAAAAGCCAAGAAAUAUAACUCUGGCCCUGCAGAACUUAAGCCUGCUAGGUUGUGCGGCCUGUCGGCUUUGAUUAGGUUUGGAAACAGCAGAUGAAUUCUUCCUCCCAACCUCCAGGUCUUGUGUGGGAGUGACGAAUGGUCCACAGCAGAUGGUGCUGUUAUCAACCGUCAUCACCCUCUUUUAAAUCAACAUGCCGUUUCACAUGGACUCCAGCGUCCGGCUCCUCCAGACCUUUUUGUUUGAGGUCGAGCGAAAGACAAACAAGUCUUAACGUACAAAUGCAACCACGUCAAUGUCGGCGUUAAAUUAUAUGUGGUUUCUAGCAUAAAAAAACCCAUAAUAUUCAUGGUUCUGUUGAUGAGUGUGUUGUGAAAACGGAAGGAGCAGAGGUGGGUGUGUGAGCAGUUGUCAUGCGUCAUGUUAACAGAUGCUAUUGCACAUAUGUGUACGGUAGUCUCCCUGUGUUCAAUAAAAUACCAGACACAUUAUCUAAUGUGCUGGCUGAGCAGAUGCAGGAACAUCUGUGAGGAGCAGGUUGCUCGGGGGCUCCCGCUCCACUGUACCACGCUGGAACUCCCAGCAUGGCGCUAAUUAAAAGCAUACUGUAAACCUUAUUUGCUCGUCAUCGUGGCAUUACUGCAGUAACACUAUCAGAUAGCGGUGUGCAAACAAAGGUACCUCACGAUUCGAUUUCGAUUAUUGGAGCUUCGAUUCUUUGAUUAUAACGAUUGUCGAUUCGAUUAUUGGUGCCACGAUUCUUCGAUUAUUGUGAUUUUUAAUGCUUUUUUCCAUACAUGAUUGAUUUUGUCUUCAUCUGUGGCUACAUUUGUAAAUACAUAGCCAAUCAAUUAACUUUAUGACUGUAAACAUUUGCACUUUGACUUACUUAACUUUGACCAGGGAAAGCUGCACUUGCAUGAGAGCGCCCUCUAUUGGCGGAAAACACUGAAAACGGUCAAGCCCUGGAUUUAAUGAGUUCAUUAAUUCAAGUAAACAAGAUAUACUUCCAUCAAAUGUAUUGUGUAAACAUGUCUGCCAUAU